AUGGUGACUGACCCUAUGGCGCUCACACAUGCUGACUUCUGUAACGAUUGCUUUAUGCUUCCCGAUCCCAGAAUAUCUAAUCCUGAUGAAAACCAGCCCGGAUAUCCAGAAAUUGAUUCAAUGGUAGACCUUUACAAGCUCCAAGAUGUUGAAGAUGAAACCAAGGAUUUACAUGUUCGCUUCCAAAACUUACCCCCUCCUGUUGAUUUUCAAGAUCCCAGUUACAGCUUAUCUAAUUGUAGAACUAUGAGUUUGCUUCCUAAGGAGGUUCUCGGUGUGCUAUAUAUUAUGGUCAAUCAGCGCCUGAUUCCUGACUUUUGGCUUCGCAUACUCCGCGGCGAAUUCCCGUCUCCUUCAAUCAGACAGUCAAUUUUAUACCUUCGACAAAUCUUGAUGUUGAAUCUUGCCCUUCAGCGUUCGAGAACAACCCUUUCGAAAGUCGAAUGGUACUUUGCUAUGGGUUAUAAAAUUCUCUGUCAAGUCGAUUCCACUUCGUGUGAUGAUGAUUGUGGGAUUUGUCGUCAGCCGCUCAACGAGAUAGUUGAGGAAGGCGCACCAGUCAAAACCCAAUGCAAUCAUAUAUUCCAUAUGCACUGUAUCGGGGAAUGGAUUAACAUGUCUCCUAAUGGCGAUUGCCCCGCUUGUAGAAAAAUGCUUCGAAUGAUACUUGAGCCUAUUCACGAUACCCCAGAACAAGGCCCACCUCCAGAAUGGCUUGUAUCCUUAAUAUCCCCCGCGCCACAAGUUGAUCCCAAUCAGGCAAUUCUUAUGGCACAAGAACUCGUACAGUUAGAGGCUGUUGUCGAAGAUGCAUAUUUGAGAGUCGUGGAGACUGACCAAGAUCUCACUGAUCUCCAGGCUGAACUACAGCUUUCAAGCGAAACCUUUUUUGGCCUAGAAUUCUUCAGUGAGGAACACAUUCAAAACUCAAGUGAACUUGAUUUGACGAGUUUUCCGGGCUUGUCUGAAGCAAACUUUACUAGGUACCAAAGUCUGGUUCGGCGCCAUCAAAUGAAUAGCACACAGUUUGCAACAUCUUAUGAAAGACUUGGUGAACUGAGGCGAGAGGUAGAUAACUUCAAUGAUCCCAUUCAGAGAUAUCGUACUGCCACACUCGCGCUUAUGAGAGCUGAAGCUGAAUUUCUCAACAGGAUUAUAGACCUGGAAUUGGAAUAG